GGACCGAACGCACGGAUAUCAGUCCGUGCCUGCAGCGGAGUGGCUCCUGCGCGCCUGGAAGCGGUGCGGGACGCUUGGAAGCGAUGUCUAUGAGCAACCAACAGGAGCCCAUCCAGAAGGGAGAUCCCGGUCUAAAAUUAGACUUCACCACCGGGAGUGAGUAGGCACCGGCGUUGCGGUGUGGGUUGGAUGCUAGCUGAAUAUGGCGGACUUGUAGGGACCGGCGCCGCUUGAUGAACAGUUUCAGCUGUGACAGAACACAAGCAACACGGAUUACGUGACCCAGCAGUGUGCUGCUCACUAGUGGAUUACAGCGGAUUCGACAACUUGCCUUCCUGGAGCGCCUCGUCAGCACCAGCUUGCGCUCUCCGAGGGCAAGACAGUUUGACAGUUUUGAUCACACUGAGGACAAAACAUUUCUAGCUGUACUUUGAGGACAAGACAGCUCCUAGCUUUAUCUUGUAUAAGAACAUCGUGCAUGUGUUUUGCUGGAGUGUGAAGUAUCGUGACGAAUUUGAUAUAUUACCGAAAUGGAGAAACUCUGUGGAUUAUAUCCAUGUUGUAUCUUACUAGCUACAUUCCUGAUAGUUUGGACAGCAGCCGCACAGCAGAUAGAAUGGGUUCAGGAACCAGACACUACUUAUUACAUCGUCAAAAGGCAGCCGGCGAACAUCACGUGCGAAGCCUAUGGAGCCUCCAAGAUCACGUUUACCUGUGUCGGCUCACAGAUUCCACCAGUGUCACAAAAGACAUACGAAUCUUUUGAUGAAGCUAGGCAGCAGACACGUGUUCGUUCUAGUAUACAAGUGACAAGGUCAGAUAUUGCCAACCAGGAAGACAGCUUCUGGUGCGAGUGCAAUGCCUGGGUUGAUGACCGUUCCAUCUUGAGCACCAGCCGACGAGGAACAGUUGCUGUGGCGUAUCUGAAAAAAGAUUUUGUGAAAGAACCAGUUAACCAGAUAGCAAAACUGGGUGAAAUGGUUGUUUUCAGCUGCAUUCCACCAGAUGGGCAGCCAUUUCCAGAGGUCCUAUGGCGAAAAGACCAGAAAAGAGUGGAGCCUGGCGCUGACAAGAACUUUCUAGUAGAGACUGAUGGCAGCUUAACAAUAAUCAGAGUUCGACAGCAGGAUGUGGGGACUUACCAAUGUGUGGCCAGGAAUGAUGCAGGUCGAAGGGAAAGCAGGGAUGUUCAGCUGACUGUUCAAGGUGAAGCUGAGUCCAGUGAUGAAGUUCAGACAACAGUAUCCCCAACAGAUACAGCCAAGCCACGUCCUCAGCGUGACAGUGGUUCACCACAGUUCUUGGAGGAACCCCCAGUGGAAGUUUAUGUUACACCCAAUGAACCUGUCAGCAUUGUGUGUGAUGUCAAAGGGGCAGACAUUUUGACUUUCCGAUGCAAUAAUCAGCGAGUAACAAAGCCACUGGAUGAGAACAAUGAUCGUACAUUAAAGGCCAUCCGGAGUGUUCUCAACUGGACUUUUGCUGAGGUGGAGAACUUCAUAAACACCUAUAGUGAAGAUUCUUUUGAGCAAAAAGAUAUGCUGAGGUGCAUGUGUGUGGCAUGGUACACUGAGGUGGCUAACAAUAAGGUUGGCUGGAAGUCACUGCAGAGUAGAGAAGGACGAAUUUUGUUGGCUUAUCUCAAGGAUGAUUUCAAAGCUCAGCCCCGUAAUGCAGUUGUGGAGGUUGGCAGUGAUGCUACAUUUGCUUGCAGCCCUCCUGAAGGAAAGCCAAAUCCAUGGGUGUACUGGGUAUUUGAGCAACAGCGACUGGACCCCAGGACAGAUGCACGCUACAGUGUGAGCACCAAUGGUUCGCUCACUAUUCACAGAGUCUCCAGUGCUGAUGCUGGUCGCUACUACUGCAUGGCUGAAAAUGCCAUGGGAACUAGAAGAAGUGAUAUUGCUCGUCUAACUGUAUCAGAUGAGCCAGUAGUCACAACAGCAGAACCGAUGGUUCGUACUACAGAGGCCUAUGAACCGACAUUCCCUCCCAUCAUUCCUUCUUCACCUGUAUUUACGCGGGAUCUUCCAUCCUUUACCUACCUCAGCAGUGAUGGUGAAGCCACUCUGGUGUGUUCUGUCAUUUCAGCUGACACUUUGACAUUUAGGUGUAAUGGUCAGCGUUUGACUGAAGAUACUCAGGCUGUCAGCAGAAAAACUGACCCCACCAGUGGCAAACAGUUGUUGACAGCAACAACCACAGUCACUAAUUUAGAUAUUGAAGAUUCUCAAGAACAAAAUUAUAAGUGCCAGUGUUUUGCAUGGUAUCUUCAAGAUGGACAGUGGAAAUACAUUACAGGAACUGAAGUGACAGUUAUUCCACCUUCUUUGGAUGUAGAUUUUGCCUACGAACCACAGGGUGGUAUGUUUUCCCUAGGAGACACAGCAGAAUUUCCAUGUCAACCUCCAUCUGGAAACCCCACACCUGAGAUUUCCUGGCUGAAGAAUGGCCAAGUGGUUGUCCCAGGUGCAGAUUCCCACAUAGUUAUUCUUGAAGAGGGGACACUGAUGAUCGAGUCUGUAAAGCAGGAGGAUGCAGGGGAAUAUGUUUGUGUUGCCACCAAUGCUGCAGGCACUGUGCAGUCUAGGCCUGCUGUUCUGGAGGUUUAUGGUACUCCUGAAAGACGUACAACAGCUGCUCGCAGAACAACCACCACCAUGACUCCCACUAUGACUUCUAUUACCCACACAGCUCCCCCUAGCACCAGCUCCUUCACAAUACCUGUCUCAAGCACCACACCAGUACAAUCUCCUUCCACUGCUACCAGUACACCUUAUUAUGUUUACACCCCAACAGAUGUACCAUCACCUGAACCAGGUAGCACAAGUUUUCCUGCACUGACAUUACCUUUCUUUGCCAACCAGCCUCUACAAAGAAACUACAUUCAGGGCGAUGAGCCAGCAUCACUGACCUGUGUAGCAGUUGGUGCAUCUAUGCUUGUAUUCUUUUGCAAUGGUCAAAGGAUCGUCCAAGAUGGCGCUCAGUUUAAGACAACAGACCCUGUAUCAGGCUUAGCUUUGGUGGAGAAUACCAUCAAGAUUAAAAAGGAUAGCCUGUCAGAUGCUCAGAGUGAUGCCCCUUAUAAGUGUCAGUGUCGUGCUUACUUCAGAGAGACUGAUACUUCAGAAUGGAAAUAUGAAGCUACGGAUGACUUUUUUGUUGAGGUUGCCUACCUAAAUAAGAAAUUUGUAAAAGAACCUGUCAGUGAGAUUGUUCAGGAAGGUAGGACUGUUGAACUACAGUGUUCCCCACCACAAGGUGUUCCUACUCCUUCGGUGUUUUGGUUGAAGGACAGUUACCGUAUUGUGGAGAAUAAUAAGUAUCGUUUCACACCAGAAUCAAGUCUCUUGAUAGAAUCAUUUGGGCCAGAUGAUGAAGGCAGCUACAUAUGUCAGGCAGAAAAUAUUGUGGCCACCAGAUACAGCCAACCAGCAUCCCUCAGUCUCUCAAGUAAUAUACAAACUAAUACUACUACAUCAUGGCCAUCUUCCACUACAUCAUGGCCAUCUUCCACUACAUCAUGGCCACCUUACACUACAGCUCCCUCCACCACACCUGAAGCCUCCAGUGAGCCAGAACCAGAAUCUACUGACAGUUCUUCUGAGCCUGAGCCAGCACCUGAGCCUCCUAAGUGGUUAACUCAGCCAGAGGCCUUGUACUAUAUUGUGAAGUCCAAGCCUGUCACAAUUACAUGCAAGGCAAUGUCAGCCUCUCGAAUAACCUUCAGCUGCAACACAGAAUACAUUUCUGAGUCUCUAGUGCAGUACCAGACCAUUGAGGAUGAAGAAGGGCCUAUUCUGGUAGCCAGUGUGGACAUUUCACGAGAAGAGGUGGAGAACUAUAAUGCUGCAAAUGGAGGUGACAAUUUCUGGUGUCAGUGCAAUGUACCCUAUCAAGUUCCUGGCAUGGUAGAUCCUCAGGAGCUGACCAGCUCCAAGGCCACGGUGCAGGUUGCCUACCUUAAGAAAGCAUUUGGUCGUGAGCCAUUUAAUGUUACUGUUCCUGAGGGCAAGUUCCUGUCUCUUCCUUGUGACCCUCCAGAAGGCAACCCAGAGCCUGAGGUGUAUUGGAUGUUCAACAAUGAGCGCAUUGAGGAGCAUAUCCUAGCACCGGACAAGGCCCUUGUCAUAAAUGGUGUAAAAACUGAGAAUGAAGGAGUCUAUGUAUGUGUAGCGGAAAACAUUGCUAACAAACGACUCAGCAGACCAGCAAUCAUCACAGUCACCAGCUUUUCAGGGGUUGAUGACAAUACCUGCAUGACAAUGCUCAAGCAGUGUGGAGAAGUUAUGCCUAAACCAAAGGAAGACCCAUCCACCUGCCAAAAGCUUACACAGUAUAAAGAGUGUUUGAAGAACUUCAAGGAUAGUUGUGCAGUUGUCCUCAGACAAGAGUCAUUUGAGGCUGCAAGCCGAUCCAGUGAAAUGGUUGAGAAAGAUUGUUCAAGCUCACGUGAGGUGUGCCAGGAACUGAUGACCUGCCAAAGUGAGUAUUCUCAGCAAAGUGUGCCCAACACCUCUGCAGAUUCCAUGCCAAUGGUUGCACUGUGCUUGGGUAUUAAAACAUUCCUGCGUUGUGCUGAUGAAGCUGCAGAAGAUUGCAAUAUUCCACAGGAUAGCUCAGAAACCUCUCUCACAACUAUUGCUGUCUGGUUUGAGCAAUAUUGUGAAAAAGUUGUGGAUGAUGAGUGGGCAACCAGGUGUAGUCAACUAUCCAGCUGUGAUCUUCCUAUCCAGCAGACAACAGUGCUUGCAAACCUUGUUCAGACCUCCCUGUGGUGCAAGUAUGUAGACCAGACAAUGACUUGUACUCGAGAUGCCCUGGCUCAGUGUGACCUUCCUGGCACCAGAAGUGACCUUGAUCACUUGUCUGAUCUUGCUGCUAAGACUUGUCCAGCGUCUCCUGAACCAGAAGGGAAAGAGGACAGCAAAGUGGGAGAUGCCACACGAGAGGGAGAUGGUGAUGAUGAUGAAGAAGACAUGGACAAUGAUGGUGAUGAUGAGGAUAAUGAAGAAGGAAAGCCAGAGGGGACUGAUGAGACUGUCAUCGAUGACAAGACAGACACAGGGGAGAGUGUUGGCGGUGAGAACGGUUCAAGGUGCCCAUAUGCUUCUUUGAUGCUGACAUCACUCCUUCCAGUUGCAUUUCUUUGGCUGACAUGUAGGUAGAGUGUACGAGGAGCAGUGAAUGCGUUAAAAUAUGCAAUUGUGAAUGUCUGUCUGUUCGUCUGCCUGACUGUUAGUUCCUACACAUGACUUACAUAGUUACUGUCUGUAAAUGUCAACUGGCAUAUUUUAAGCGUGUUGUUAAUAUAUUGUUGCGUUAUUUGUUUAUGGCAGUGUUUUCAUUCAUUGUAAAGACCUUUUUUGAAAUUUUUUAAUGCUUGUAGUCUGUAUGACAUCCAUUGUCCAAUUGAAAUAAUUCUAGGAAAGUUAAUUUUAUUCUGUUUGCAAAGUUUUGAAUUCACUGGUUUUCUCAUUAUUUGAUAUUAAAACCUGUUUCAUUGAAAACUGUGUCCCAGGAAAAGAGAUAUCAGUAGAUAGCAGGAUUUCAGCAGUUGACUUCAAAAAUAUUCAUUUUUUCUUGUGCAAAUCAUAAUUGUUGCUUUUUUUUCUUCAUAGCUAUAAAGUUGCAAAGUGUCCUUGUUAAGACCCAUCCUGAGAAACUGUGGCCUCCUGUAUGAUAUACAAAUUCAUUUAAAUAUACAGUAAGACAGUGCAGUACCUAUAAUGUCAUAUUUAGGAUUAUUGUGCAUGGUUUAUUAUACAGGUUAACUUUUUAGCUCUUCUCUGACAUCUUUGCCAGAAAGACAGUGAGGAAGGACUUAUUUCACUGAAGCCGCAUGUCAGAGGCGGUAGUUGACCCGGCACUUUGACGCCCUCAGCAUAAGAUGUGCAUAUUUCUUGCAAUAAUAUCAGCAGUUUCAUCAUAACAAACACACUACCCUACAGCUAUUCUUUGUGCUGACGUCAUGAAGGAAGCCUUAGAAGUUUCUAGCACACCACCCCUCUACUUGUUUUCCUCUCCUCAGUCCCUCUUCCUCUAGCAAGGGCAUUUGCAGUGGUGUGAAUGGGGCUUGACAUCAAAGACUGUUGCAACCUGUGUAGCCGUCACUAACAUAUUAUUACCAGUUGUGUCUGUUCUUGUUCUCACUAGUGUGAUAAUUAAUGCUCCGCCACCAUCGCUCAUCUCGCUCGCUCUGCCCUUCUCGCGCCUGCUUGUCUUCACUACCUUCUCCAUUCAGGUGAUUUUGUAAUAAAAUUAUCUUGUAAAUAGC